GUGUUGGAAUCUCCAACUCUCCUGUAUUCUGAGCGCAGUUUGAAGAGCAGUGAGUCAGUCAAGUCUGAGUGCGAGUCCAGCAUAACGAAAAUAUGUUGUGACGUCACCAACUUGCUUUUUGCAGCGCUGGUGUGUGAGCCUAGAGUCAGUGGAAGUUGUCAGACUGCACGCGUCUUAACCAUGACCAAGAGCAGGACUCUCGGAGUAAGCCGUUUUUCCCCACAUGGGAACUUGGGACACGCACCACAGAAGAUGGAACACCAUUUUUUUCGCGCUUUGGACAAAUCAUAGGCGAGACGAGAUUAGUUCAAAAAGGAAAAAGAUGCACUGUUGGUAUCCAUGGAGUGAUGGCAUGCGCGCUCCUUUUCAGUCGCCGGUUUACCAAAACAUCGGUGUGCUUGUUGUCCCUGUUCCUUUCCUACGUGGGCUACUGCACUUUAUUCCACGGGGACCCCUUCUUGCUCCCGGCUUCCGGGGAUCCGGCGCAGAGCUGCGGUCGGCGGCUGCCGACCGACGGAGCCUGCGCGUCUCCUGCACCGCCAGCUGUGGAGGCAGCCCGGGUGAAGGCUGCCGAGGGGCCGCCGUCAGCCGCGCUCCACGCCAGGAGCCACACACCCGGCCCGCCGAUGGGGCAUCCGAAGUUCGGGAAUAAAAAGUUGCCCAAUGCUGUCAUAGUUGGAGUGAAGAAGGGAGGAACUAGGGCGGUUCUGGAGUUCAUUCGGAUCCACCCGGACGUGAGAGCCGCUGGUACCGAGACGCACUUCUUUGACAGGCACUAUGACCGAGGGCUCGAGUGGUACAGAAGUUUGAUGCCAAGGACUCUUGAAGGCCAAAUCACCAUGGAGAAGACUCCCAGCUACUUUGUGACUAAAGAGACGCCGCACCGGAUCGCCGCCAUGUCACGUGACACCAAACUCAUCGUGGUGGUGCGGGAUCCCGUCACCCGGGCAAUAUCGGAUUACACCCAGACUUUAUCCAAAGCUCCCGACUUGCCGAGCUUCCAGGAACUAGCCUUCCGGAACCAGAGCACGGGUUUGGUGGAUGCAUCCUGGAACGCCAUCCGCAUCGGCCUAUACGCACUUCACCUGGAGAACUGGCUCCGCUACUUCCCUCUAGCUCAGAUCCACUUUGUCAGCGGCGAGCGCCUCAUCACGGACCCGGCGGGCGAGCUGGCCCGGGUGCAGGACUUCCUGGGGCUCAAGCGCAUCGUCACGGACAAGCACUUUUACUUCAACCGCACCAAAGGCUUUCCAUGCCUCAAGAAACCAGAGAGUAGCGGCUCACCUCGAUGCCUGGGAAAAUCCAAGGGCAGGACUCACGUGCAAAUCGACCGGGAUGCCAUCGAGCAGCUGCGAGAUUUCUACAGACCCUUUAAUGUCAAGUUUUAUGAGAUGGUGGGUCAUGAUUUCAAGUGGGAGUAGAGCUGUAGGAUUCACUGUAUAUUAAAAAAAUGGAAGAAUUACAUAGUUUAAAGACGAAAAUCCAGUAUGAUCUAAUCAAGAGCGUAGGUUUGGUUUGAAGACUGGUACUGACAAUAUAACAGCAUAGCCUGCAUGUACACUUUUUGCUAGGGACGGGACAUUAAUAAGACCAAACAGAUUAUUGAACGGGGGUCAGGGCUAUAUUUCUCGUGAAUACGAACCUAAUUAAUUGAUAGGCUAAAUGAUCAAUGCAAAAUAAAUCUGUAUUGACUUACAUUAUUAAACUUUCACAUGUUUUGGUUCAGGUGAUACAACGUUUGAUUCAAACAUUUGUUUUCAAAAACUAAUGAAUGAAAAAAAUUUUUAAAUUUUUUAUUGUCAUCAUCAUCGGUAUCAUUGACAGUCACUGACAAUUACAAAAUGUGAUAUGAUUUAGCCCGAAGGAACUGAAGAAGAAGACAAAGGCGGACGGGAUAAAGCAUAUGCUUAUCAGGUCAAAAACUAAAGAAACAUUUUGAAGUGCAAGUCCCUUUAUUAGUUAUCCAAGAAUGGGUUCACUGGAACACCCCUAGACUCAAACGAUGGUAUUGUAAUAUAAAACUUAUUUAGGAAAAAAAUUAUGAAAAAAAAAUCUGAGAUAUCCAAAAGGCAAUCUAUAUCUAAGGCAUACAUUCAUAGACUACCCCAAGACUCAGACCAAAGUACAGUGGUACCUCGACGUACGAUCGCUUCGAGACACGAUCUUUUCGGCAACCGACGUAAGAUUUGACUCACCAUUUGUUUCUACAUCAGACGACAUGCUCGAAAUACGACGAUUGAUGACACGCCGCAGUUACUUUGUUUUCCUGGAAGACUGACAAACAGCGAGAGAAAUCAACAUGGGUUCCAAGAAUGUUAGUGCAGGUGGUGAAUAAAGGAAAAUGUGAGGCUUACCAUUGAAAUGCAGAUGGGAAUGAUACAAAAAUAUGGGCAUGGUGGGCGCAUAAUACGGCCGUAGAAUGUCUAGAAUCUCCACAGUCCUCCUCCGACGUCCGUUCGCCAGUCUUUAUACUGUAAGUUAAAAUGACAAUUUCUAUUGUGGUAACAUCACCAAAAAAUCUCCAACUUCGUCAGAUUUUUAAUCAUUUAAUUCAGAACUUGUGCAACGCAACAUGCCUAUUGUCCACCCCAGCUGAACAAAGUGAAAGUAAAAGGUUCUCCGUCCCUCACUCUGUCAAGUCAGCCGCGCGGUGCGUUCAGGUACACCACGCAAAACACAUUUGAACCCCAUGAGUUACAUUAUGACAGUUAUUAUUAUUAUUAUUAUUACUUUUAUUAUAUUAUUAUUCCGAUUUUUAUUCAUAAUUUAUUUGUUUUGCUCUGUGUAAUUGCUAUUUGCAAUCAUACCAGCAGCAUUUGUCAAGGAUUUAGUGCAGGUUUUCAGGCUAUGGAACGAAUUAAUGAGAUUAUAAUGUAUUCUUAUGGGAAAAUCCUGCUCGAUUUACGACCAUUUCGACUUACAAACAAGGUCCUGGAACGAAUUAACUUCGUAUGUACAGAUAUCACUGUACUCUUAUGAAAUUCUGAUGUGUGAUUUCAUCUCACAGAUUUUUUUUUUCACGUCAGAUCAUGUUCAUUUCAGGGUCCCCCUGAAGUGGACCCAUUCUUGGAUAGCUCCCAGUUUGUUUGUUUUUUAAUAAAGGGACAAUGAUCCAAAUGAGGGACAGUUAGCUUGACUUCGUUGUUGUUUGUGGAGGCUGGCCUAUGGCAAUAGUUUUGCAGGUAAGAAAGGUCAUGCAGUUUAAUGUUAUGCUAACUUUCCUCCACAUCCACAACAUUUAUGUCUUUUCACAUUACUUAAAGCCUGAGUUAUGCUUCUGCAUUGCGGAGACGGUGUAACGACGACGUCGUCAAUGAGCAUUCGAUUGUUCUGCAGCAAGGGAACGCGUUGCUCUGUAAUUCAUCGCCAAGCCACUAGAGGGGUGUGGCAUUGUGUUUGCACGGUUUUGGGGGACUCUAGUCGACUUUCUAUAGUUUUCAUCCGGUCACACAAAGAAUGCCAACGGAGAUGGAACACUUGAAUGUGGAUCUUCAGUUCAUCAACAUUGAACAACAAACUUCCAACUUCAACUUCUAUUUUUUAUGCAGUCGUUGACCUCCAACCCCAUAUUUUCAGCAAUCUCCUACUACGAAUUGUUUGCCAUUUGGCAAUCUUUAUAAUUUCUUGACGAGACAUUCAGUGGCGCCACCAAGGGGUGGCCACGGCCCCCUCUAUAAAUUUGUUGGCCACCCCACUGGCCUCCCCACUUGCAAGUAUAUCGUUUGAUUGUCAUAGCAUCAUUUAUACAUUUCAUCCCAAAUGGGAUGACAAUACACUCUAUGCUUAAUAUGUACAUAACACAAUACAACAGAAUUAUUGUGGAACUUAAAAUGUUGACUUUACGGUUAUGGGCUAUGCACAUAAAAUCAUUAGUAACAUUAAAUAUAACACAAUACAACAAAGUAAAUAAGUAGGCGUGUCUUUCUGAUAGUUUUCUUUUGGCCUUUUUACUGCAACAACAUCAUAAAAACAUUAAAUUAUGGCUUUUAGUUUUGGUGUGCCACUAUAAGAUUUUAAGUGGCCCCAUCUGGCCACCGCUGUGAAAAAUUUCUGGAGGCGCCACUGGAGACAUUGCAGAGGUUGUCGUACUUGCGGACUUCUUCGAUGAUGCUCUCGACGGCUUGGUCCAUUUUUGCGUGUAGCACAACAAUGUUUUAAAAUGGCGGUGAUUUCGCGCUGAACCGGAAACAACAGUCUGAGCGGACCAAUCACAAUCACGUCUCCAUGCGUUGACGUGACGCGAAAUCAGAAAAUUGUGGAGAUGCACGUCAGGCUACAGUGAAGGGUCGUAAAUUGGGUCUGCCUUAGCGGCGGCGGUCUGCCGCAGAAGCAUAACUCAGCCGUUACAGUGGCUGCUGCUGGCCUGAAAAAAACUUCUGAUAUCCCUUCGAAGGGGGCAGAGGAGACGGCAUGGUGUCGGCAUGAAUCUGUCGGGGCUGUGUGAGUGUGCGUGUGUGUCUGUGUGGCGGGAGGGGCUGGUCAAGUCAUCAGCGAAUCAAACAUUCAUUUGAGGAAAAAAAUGGACCGGCACGCUUAGCAGGUGAAAAGGGAUAAAUGUUAGUCUGAACAUAAUGAAAAUAAUUCACCUAACAAUGGUAGGGUCUGUUCAAUCCUUACAACAUAUGGGAAGACAAUCUAAAUUACCUAUAUAAGUUUGCUUAAAAGUUGGUGGGGACAAUUUGAGCAUCCUGAAAAAUUGGUAGUGUUAUGUCCUUACUCUCCCUAUGCAAACCUACGCCCUUGGAUCUAAUGGAAUUAAGCUAAUGAACUACACGAUGAGUGUUGUGAAUGACGAAUACACAAUGAGCAGGCAUCACCUCAACGUCACCAUUUAUCUCACUUUUCAUUCAUGCUGACUGGUUUGAUCGAAAAGCAAAGCAAAAUAAUAUCCCAGGAUAAAAGACUGAAAACUCUGAAGUGAGAGUUGGACUCCUAGGAACAGUACUUUAAAAACUAAAAGCACUUUAUCAUAUUUUCCUGUGUUUUCAGCAUUCAGAUGCAAUGUAAAAGGGACGAGAAAUAAUAAUUUGUUUGCUCCAGCCAGCAAAUGUGCUGUUGAUUUAAAUUGGAAUAUUUUGCUAAAAGAAGACAUUGUUAACUCUUUCAGUGCCAUUGAUGAUAGAUUUCCAACUAUGUGGCUCUUUUCAUGCGUCUGUUGUGUAUUUAAAAUUGUGAUGAGUGGACAUCCAGUCUAUUUGGAACAAGGAGGACUGAACGUUUGCACAGUUCAAAAGGAUUGGACGUCUAUCACCAUCAAUGGUAGCCAAUGAUUUAAGAGAGUGAUUCACCCAUCUCCAAUUUAAAGCACUCCAACGCUACCAUUUGAGGGCCUGUGUUUGUCAUUACAGUUGUUUACACAAGCUGGACAAGACGAUUGUUGACUAUAUAUGUCAGUCAAAGUAAACAAUUCCCUUUGAAGACUGUAAAUGACCACAGCAUUGGAAAAGAUUAAUAUAAUUUUGAGUUGUAAAUAAAUCAAUAAAUAAAAUAAAUAGUGAUAGAAGCACCUGAAGACCAAUGAUGUUCCAUUGAUCCAUUGUAACACAAAAACAAAUCACAACGUGUCAUGCUACAGCCUGUAUAUGUCAACCAGUACGAAUGAUCUCUUUACUGUCAUGUUUCUGUCAAGGGGGGAAUGGUUCAAAAUUGGUACAUUGUACUAAAGAAAAGCAAUAAAAAUGUUUACAGAAAUGAACUAAAGUAACCUGUUAGACAGCAUAUAGCCUACCUAUUUAUAGGUGUGGGAACCUCAAGGCACCUCACGAUACGAUACGAUAUGUGAUACAAGGCUCACGAUAACAAUUAUCUCACAAUAUCACGAUACAGCAAAUAUCGAUAUAUUGGUCAGAAAUUUGAUACGUGAUAUUCUACGAUACAACUGUUGAAACGAAAAAAUAUAUAUAUUUCAAAAUAGAAAAAAUACUGUUUAAGUCAUUUAUUAAACAGUGACACCUUUUCAGUGCAACAUUGCUGUAAAAUAUAAAUCUACUGAUAAUUGUGUACCUGCACAUAUAGAGGAAACAAACCACAACCACACCACUGAUAUUUCCUGGAGAAAUCAUGAUGAAUGGCACCCUUAAUUUCUUAAGUUUUAAUUCUUUGGAAAAUUUUUAACAGUGCUGUAAGUGUCAGUCAGCAGUUGAGCUUGGAGCGGGGCAAUGAUAAAAUUGGUGGGUCUUUUCUUUGUAUAUGACCUUUGUUGUCAAAAGCAUUGGUGUGAGCACUUCCACCAUCUGCUUCAGCAUUUGAGAUGUCAGACUCAGUCAGUUACAAUCUUCCUCACCUUAAAAACAACAAAAUAAAUAAAAAAUAUUAGCUACUCAAUAGCUUUUGAGUUGAAAUCCUGAUUUUUUUGUGUGUGUUGGAAGUAUUGAGUGAAUUUAAAAAAUAUGAAUUGAAUGUAUAGAAAUUAAAAAUGCAACAAUUACCUAAUUUUAAUAUGUAGGCUACAUUAAUUAUCAUGUACGUCACCUUAUAUAUCUUGGAAGCUGUUCAUACCGUUUUUAUAGCUUAUUGUAUCAAAGCGGCAGUCAUAACAGUUUGUGUAGUAAACUAGAUGGAAAGUGGUUCUCAAAUAAUAUCAAAUAAAUCAGUAAAUUCAUGUAGGCUUGUUCGCUAUUCAUUUUCAUCCAGUUUAGGGUCCUGGUUGAUUUUGUGUCAUUCAACACCAAAUGUCAUCAAAAAAUUACAUUUAAAUUAAAAAAUCAAUUACUCGUACAUUGCAAAACUUUCUUACCUCAAGUGAUGCUCCAUAGAAAUCCGGUGUCCAAUUAGUCACCAGCUGCCAGUGAACCUUAUUUUAUUAGACAAUUCUUGCAUACAGCAAAGUCCUUGUUCACCUUACUUCCUUUAUUGUUAGUGUAAAAUCCAAAGUGUGUCCACAUGUGUGAUUUUCAGCAAUAUUUUUCUCCGUUCUCACGAAGCUUUUUUAUUUUUUUCAACCCACUUUGGGCCGCUCUUCUUCUCUAGGCGACUUGUGCGCACUUUACCUUCACCGCCACUGUUGAGCGCUCCUAGUGGACCGCCAAGGAGUUGCUCAACAAACAUUGAGCAGUUUACAGCAUCCAUACUCCAUUGUAUGGCCACUAUGUCAAAUAAAAGUAUCGAUACUUGGCGGGAGCAUAUCGAUAACCGAUCGGGUUGUAAAAUAUCACGAUAUAUCGCUGUAUCGAGAUAUUGUCACACUCUUACCUAUUUACCAUGAUGAGGAUAUACCAUCAUUUUCGCACUAUAUGUUGCACUUGACUAUAAUCCGCCACCCACCAAAUUUGGCCCGAAAACAGCAUUUGUUCAGAUAAAGCGCAAUGGACUGCAAGCCGCAGCUGUCCUCACUGUAUUAUGGGAUAUUUACACCAAAAGAUAUUAAUCGGUAACACUUUAUUUGAUAGUGGCAUCUUACGACUGUCAUAAGACCAAAUGAACCACCAUGAAGUUUUGAACCAAUUGGCUGCAAAGCUUCAUUGCUUCACGCUUCAUUUGGCCAUCACUUCUCCCUUGGGGGAGACAGUCAACCUCUGCUGCCACCUGCUGUCAACACUGUUGUUGUCCAACAUGCCUCCUAGCAUGCAUUGCAGCACUACAGAAGUAAAUAACAAUCAAAAUUCAUAUUCUGUGCUAUUUAUUUCUUCAGUUACUGUUCCAGUUGUUUCAUAAAUUGCUAGUUAUGGUAUUUGGUAACACUUUAUUUGACAGUGGUGCCAUAAGACUGUCAUAAGAGCAUCAUAAUUCAAUUCAAUUUGAUUUAUUCACACACACAUUCAUAUUUACCAAGUGUACACCAUAUAGUGCAGAGCCAAGAUUAUGUGUGAGUCAGGUCUCCUUAAGAAGCUACUAAAAGCUUAUAGUCAGGAGCCUGUGUGCAUCAGGACAAUCAUUUAAAAAAUUAUCAGAUGAGUAGAAAGGGUGAGUUGUAGUACAGUAAUCUCAUAUACUAACAUACUAAAGAACAAUAAAAAACACUAAAUACAUAUACACACACAAAAAUAAAUAAUAAUAAUAAUAAUACUUCCCUAGAAUAGGAGAAUUUAUAACUUGGGUAUGUUGGAAUUGCGCAAUGCGUUUUAGCAUCGUUUUAAAGGUGGAGAUGGAUUUUAACACUUUUAAAUUUUCGUCGAGCUCAUUCCAAAUUUGAGGGCCUCUCGUAAUGAUGCUCAGGCUGGUGCUAACACGUCUUUUUUUUUUCCAGUGAUGAGGUCUUUGUUCCUGGUGUUAUGAGUAUGGAGAGGAGUCCAGACUGGAAUGAGCUCAGAUAAUCUGCUAUUCAUAUUAUUUACGAUUUGGAACAUUAUGCAUGCAUUAUGAAAUGUGUUCAACUCGGUGAGUCGGAGAAGGCGUAAACUAUAAAAAAGGGAGUAGGUGGGGGCAUCAAAACUAGCCCAGGACAUGGCCCGUACCAUCUUCUUUUGUAGGGUUUCUAAUUUCUUUAGGUGUGCGUGUUACACCAUAUGAUGUUGCAAUAGUUGAUGUGGGGCUCAAACAAGGUUUUGUACAAGGUAAGUGCGGUUAAAGGGAGACUGUGUCUUAUUUUGAAGAAUAGACCAAGAUAUUUGGAUAAUGUUGAUAUCAGGUGCUCUAUAUGGUGUUUGGAAUUUGAGAAAGACUUUGUGGAAUGGACUUCUAAUAAAUUCUCAUUGUUUACUUUCAGACAAAUCCUUUUUGUAUAAAUUGCUUUCUUGUUUGAUCUUAAAAUUAUGUAAUUGGUUUUGUUGAUGUUGAUGGAAAGUUUGUUGCACUGAGCCAGCUAUCUAUUUUUAUUCACUCUACAUUUAAAAUGUGCUGUAAGUCUAAUAGGUUUUUAUAUGAAAGAAACAAGUUGGUAUCAUCAGCAAACAAAAUCAUGUGUAGUAUGUCAGAAGACUUAACAAGGUCAUUAAUGUAGAUGGGAAAAAGCAGUGGGACCAAAAUUGAACCCUGGCGGACCCCAUAUCUUAUUUCCUUUUUUUGUGAAAUAUGAUUAUUAAUAUUAACUUAUUGUUGUUGUAUUUCACUUUUGAAUGACUGUAAAAUAUCCAAACUGGACAGAAAUGGAGUUAGUGACAUAAUUUGCCAGAUGACACUUAAUGAUAUCUGUCAUACGCAUUCAUUGAUACCCUUGAUAGUCUCAUGUCAUACUUUUGACGGUCUUAUGACACUUAUGAUGCCACUGUCAAAUAAAGUGUUACCUAUUAACCCAAAUAAAUUAACAAGUAAGCCGCACUGGACUAUAAGUCGCUUGCCUGGUACACCAGACUCACUGCUGUUCCAGCUAUUGAGUCUGGCCACCAUUCAGCGGAUACAAUUUCCAGGGCGGAGCAAGCCACAGCAAACAGACAGCGGAGUGGACCAAUCAGCGACGGGCAGACGUGACGUUAGUAAAACGACGAGGGCAGGACGAGGGACUUGCGCGCCAAAGGAAACAUACGAGAAGAGCUGAGUUUAUUCAACAUGGCUAGCGCGAGACAGACUGUUGUCAAUGACUCGUGUCGAUGUGUUUUUGGUCAUCUAAAACUGAUUUUACCGUGGAUUGGAACAUAUUCUCGGCUCUCCUGUUCACCAUCUGUGUUGUUGUGGAGACGACUUCCGACGCGCAAGAAAGAGUGAUGUUGCUCGUUAAGAACACGUCACGCAAAUAAACGAAUCUGAUUUGUCGAUUGAUUUUGUACCUGCUCGAGAGGCCGUUAAUGGGCUGGGUCCCAGACUUUUCUCUCAGUGUUUGAAAAAUACAGGGAGAACAGUCUGGCCGUGCCAGGCAAAUAAGUCGCAGGAUUCAAAUUGAAGGAAAAAAGUAGCAGCUUAUAGUCCGAAAAUGACGGUAGUAUUAUUGACUGUCUAAGAUUACUUGCAAACACUAAUAAUAAUCAUAUGGUCACUUUUACUUCAUUUAUAGAAUGCUAAAAUGAGAAUUCAAUGGACAGUACAAAAAACACAAUAAUGUCACACUGAAGCUUUAUUGCAAAAUCCAUAUUUGUUUUAAAUGUUUUGAUGCUUCUCUUUAAAUGCUUGUACAAUUAAUUUCAUUAACACAGGUACAAGAAUUCUAACUAUUCCUGUCUUUGUCUUUAACACUAGAAGUCUCAGAGAAUUCUGGUACUCCUACUAGUCCCAAACAAAGACCGAUAUGGCCUUUCCCCCGGAAAACCCAGAGGUGGCAAAAAUGACCCAAGUGCUUUUGAAUUGGCAAGUCGUUGUCGGACAGACAACAGCCGUUCAUAUGGAAAUGCAACCACUAGACAUACAUUAACUUCAGACACAAUGACCACAAUCCAUACUCCAUGCCCCUGAUUCAGUCCUUCUACAUUAUAGACACAAUUCCUGCUUUACACUCAAAUUGCAGUUCUAAAACAAUGUACACAUUUGGGCCAUUCCUUCUGUCGUCAUGUGUGGAGUAUAGGAGAAGUAAAUUAAAAAAUGUGUAAAAAGCGUCAAACUUCAUUAAUAAAUGUAACUGAAUAAAUGUAGCUUGACUUGAACUGACACAAACUAUCACAAGAGUCACGGAGGAGAGGCCAAAUCGGCCAUUACUAGGGAAUAUUAGGAGUGUUUGUCUUGGGAAAGGCCAAGUUGGCCUCUGCUGGGUUUUCUAGUGUUAAUUACUGUAAAAGAAAGUUUAAAGUGGUGAUAAUGUAUUAAAAAUGUAACGUCCAAAAUGUGAUC